AUGCGCCUGCAUGAGAUACUGAUUGGGAUCUCAGUGUCUCUGGUCGCUGGGGCCUCAGCGGCGAAUUCCACUCUACCUCAAUGCGCGGUAUGUUCGGGUGCUAUUGGAUCGCCCUGCCCCCGGCUAACCCGUACAAUAGGUUACCUGUCAGACGCAAGUUCUAGCUGCCAACUCGACCUCAUGCGCAACGACCGAUACAACAUGCCUGUCCGACAAUGCGGAAUCCCUGUUCAUAAAGGACGCCCCGCCGUGGAGGCCGCUACCAUUGUUCCGCUAGUCAUCUCAACGCUCCUUUUCUUGAACCGAAUCCUCGCGAAGAUCAUGGGUCUUGGUGGUGGUUGGGGUGCAGACGAUGUCACGAUUACUAUAGCAUGGGCCCUUGCAGUGGGCAUCUUUGGUGUCAAUGUUAAGAUGAUUGAAUUGGGUUUCGGCAAAAACAUGUGGGACAUUAUCCCAAUGGACAAUAUCACUCUGAUAUUCAAGUGCUUUCAGGGGUUCGUUGUGAUGUACAAGACACAGGUUUCUCUAGCAAAGAUUUCAGUGUGUCUGUUCUUGUUGAGAAUCUUCCAGUCUAAUUUGUUUCGUUAUACCACAUGGGCGGUCAUCGGCCUGAAUGCCGCUAUUGGGAUUACAUGGGUCCUUACCGAUUCCUUUCGAUGCAUUCCCGUCCACUUAGCCUGGACACAAUGGGAAGGGCUCGAAACAGGGAGAUGUGUCGACUUCAUUGCUGUCACGUUCGCCAACGCUUUUGUUAACAUCGCCGUCGAUAUAAUCAUGGUGCUCAUGCCGGUUUAUGAAGUGACCAAGCUCAACUUGUCUGCUCGCAAAAAGUUGGGAGUCAGUGUCAUGUUCGCCAUGGGUCUAGUAUUGACAGCAGUGGCAAUCAUUCGUGUCGUCGUUUUCUGGUACAACCGCUGGAACACCAACCUCACUGAACAACUCCAACCCAUCGUUCAUUGGUCGGUCCUGGAGACCCAAAUCGCCGUCAUGUGCGCCUGUCUGCCCACAUUCCGUGCUAUGCUCGUGCAUCUCUUCCCGAAAGUCCUGGGCAAUACCAGCGACCAUUCAACCUAUGGCAAACGGAACACGCCUAGCGGAGGUGCCGCAUUUGGAUCCCAGCAACCAUUGAGCAAGAGCCAUAUUAACAAAACAGUCUCGUACUCCGUCGAUUAUGGGGGGAAAAAAAAGCCCCAAAGAAGCAGUUUCGUGCAAUUGGUGGAAUUGGACCCACAGGCUCAUCCAUAA